AUCGCCUAAAUUUCGUAGUUUUAUGAGGAUCCAAAAAAAUAAAAAAAUAAAAUAUCUGAAAGAGCAGCAAUUUCUUGCAUGUAAUACUACUUUCUUCAGGUAAAUAUAAGAGAAAAGCAUUAAGAAGGGCGGCGCCUGGGAGAUGUACCGCACAGAACUAAGGCCACCACCGCUGACGGGGCCGCCUCCCUCUCACUCCACCUGUCUAUUACAAUAUACAUUUGUGACUAAACAUUCUUUUUGUUCCGUCCAGUAUGGUGUACUUAGAAGCAUACGAGGACUUUGAGAAGGCAGCAGAGCGUCUGUACCUCAGCGCCCCCAAUAAGACUCGUUGUGUAAUGAAGUACAAUCAUAGCAACAGCUGCCUCAAGGUGAAGGUUACAGAUGAUACUGUGUGUGUUCAGUACCAAACUGACAGCCAACAAGAACUUAAGAAACUGGAGAAGUUGAUAAGUAACUUAAUGAAGCAUAUGGCAUCGGGUGAAAGAUAACUUUAUCCUUUCAUAACUUUAAAUUUCACUACUGUAUUCCUUAUGAUUUAUUCUUUGUUGGAUAAUAAACUUCUUUAAUAUUC